AGCAUGCCUCAGACUCCUCCCUUUUCAGCAAUGUUUGACAGCAGUGGUUACAACCGGAACCUCUAUCAGUCUGCAGAGGACAGCUGUGGAGGAUUGUAUUACCAUGACAACAACCUCCUCUCUGGUUCUCUGGAAGCGCUUAUCCAGCACUUGGUACCUAACGUGGAUUACUACCCAGAUAGAACAUACAUAUUUACCUUCCUGCUCAGUUCACGGUUAUUUAUGCACCCCUAUGAACUAAUGGGCAAAGUUUGCCACUUAUGUGUGGAGCAUCAGAGGCUAAGUGAUCCUGAUGGUGAUAAGAACCAGAUGAGAAAAAUUGCACCUAAAAUUCUUCAACUCUUGACAGAAUGGACGGAAACAUUUCCUUAUGACUUUCGAGAUGAAAGAAUGAUGAGAAACUUGAAAGAUCUGGCUCACAGAAUAACCAGUGGUGAGGAGACGUACCGGAAGAAUGUCCAGCAGAUGAUGCAGUGUCUCAUCCGCAAACUUGCUGCUCUCAGCCAGUAUGAGGAAGUCUUGGCAAAGAUCAGCUCCACAUCCACAGAUCGGCUCACGGUCCUCAAGACCAAGCCGCAGUCCAUCCAGAGGGAUAUCAUCACUGUCUGCAGUGAUCCAUACACACUGGCCCAGCAGCUGACUCACGUAGAGCUGGAGCGGCUCAAUUACAUUGGACCUGAAGAUUUUGUUCAGGCAUUUGUGCAGAAGGAUCCUUUGGACAAUGACAAGAAUUGCUUCAGUGAGCGGAAGAAAACACGAAACUUAGAAGCCUAUGUGGAAUGGUUUAAUCGCUUAAGCUACUUGGUGGCUACAGAAAUCUGCAUGCCUGUUAAGAAGAAACACCGAGCACGAAUGAUUGAGUACUUCAUUGACGUGGCUCGGGAGUGUUUUAACAUUGGCAACUUUAAUUCCUUGAUGGCGAUCAUCUCUGGAAUGAAUAUGAGUCCAGUCUCACGGCUAAAGAAGACUUGGGUCAAGGUGAAGACUGCGAAGUUUGACAUUCUUGAGCAUCAAAUGGACCCUUCCAGCAACUUCUAUAAUUAUCGAACAGCUCUUCGUGGGGCAGCUCAAAGGUCUUUAACUGCUCAUAGUAGCAGAGAGAAGAUAGUGAUACCGUUCUUCAGUCUCUUAAUCAAAGACAUUUAUUUCCUCAAUGAGGGCUGUGCCAACCGCCUUCCAAAUGGCCACGUCAAUUUUGAGAAAUUUUGGGAACUGGCCAAACAAGUGAGUGAAUUUAUGACAUGGAAACAAGUGGAGUGCCCUUUUGAGAGGGACCGGAAGAUCCUGCAGUACCUGCUCACGGUGCCUGUCUUCAGCGAAGAUGCUCUCUAUUUGGCUUCGUAUGAGAGUGAAGGACCUGAGAAUCACAUAGAGAAAGACAGAUGGAAGUCUUUAAGGUCGAGCCUCUUGGGCAGAGUUUAACAUAUGGGACCUGCUGCUGCUGCUGCUGCCGCCGCCGCCGCCGCUGCUGCUGCAUCACACAGAUCCUGCAAGUGCCGGCUUUUGUCUUCUGGCAUCUAGAACUACAAACAACCAGGAGGACUCUGUAGGCCUCAGAGAAAGCUCACUCCAGUGUAAUGGGAAGCCCAUUUCCCACAACUGACAGACUGACUGACUUUUUUGUGUGUGGGACUGAAAUGUUCACUGAAGACACUUGAGAAAGAAUCCUCUAAAGAUCCCGGCGCAAUGCCUGAUUCAUCUCCUGGAAUUUCCACGUGAAUCACUGCUCAGCACCGGAUGGAGUUUUCUUUUGUGUGUGUGUUUUUAUUUGGUUGAACUUUUGCUGCUAAUGGGACUUUACCCAGCUGAGUGCUGGCUCUUGGGAAGCCCAUGUUCCUUUGUUAAUUUAAAUGAAAAAGGGAGAGGAGGGAGGGGAAAAAACCCCUAAGUUUAGAUCCCAGACCCCCCCACUCGCAGCUUUGCUGGAGAGGGGAACACUGACUGGCUGAGGACUUGACUUUCCUUUAGUGUGUACUGUGUUGUAAAUUCCUCUCUUCCCUCUUCCUAUGAGGUUUUGAGUUGGCUGCUGGUUAGCAAACUCCUUUUUACCCAUAUAAGUUAUUUAAUAUAAAAAUGAAGCUCAACACUGUGGUAGGAAAAUAGCCACUAAGGGAAAAAAGAAAAGCAGAGCUUGUGGUUGUCGGACUGCUCACCUCCCUAGAAGGACUUUUUGUUUCCUUUGCCCUUCUGAGCUGUUUACAACUGACCACUGUGUUCUGCAGAUGUAUUUUUCAGUACUUUUGUUACUAUGUUUUCCAUAACACCUGAUUUUUUUCUUGUAAAUUUAAGUGAUCUGACUUUAAGGGUCCUGGAAAAACCCAUGGCAUCAUCACAAUUCUUUUAAAAACAGACUGUUAAUUUUCAUACCUUUUGGAGUCUGUUGGUGACUAUGUAAACCAAGAAGAACUUGGAAAAGUUGCCUCCUCCCCCAUAGCAGUGAACAAAACUCUG